AUGCAUGAAAGAACUACAUGGAUACCGUCGUUCAAACGUAUUUCGAAUCUAUUCAGCACCGGAAGCGGUCCCGAAGCGCACACGAAGGAGAAGUGCCCGGGCGCGAAGGAGUCAGAGCUGCAGGCGAAAGAGAAAGAGUUGCACCGUCGGCAAAGUUCCGACGGCGCUCGAGUGUGCGUUCCGUUCGGCGACGGCGUGUUCCAAGUGAGGCUGCUCAUCGUCACAGCGGUCGCCGGCACCAUCGCGCUCACCCAGGCGAGACUCUUCAGAAGUUCGAUGCGCGAAUUAGACCACUGGUGCGCGCGGCCGCCCGGCUUCUCCAACACGAGCGUGGACGCGUGGAAAGCGCUGGCUAUUCCGCGGGACGCCGACGGGAACUACAGCCGCUGCACGGUGCGCGAGCCUCCCGACGCGGGCGACUCGGCUCGGGUCGUGCCCUGCGCCGCCUGGGAGUUCAACCUGAGUGACCACGGCAACACCGUCGUCAGCGAGUGGAACCUCGUGUGCCAGCGGAGCUGGCUGAACAACGUCGCCCAUGUGGUCGUUGUCUGCGCGAACGUCCUUUCGCUGCCGCUGAUAGGCAUGGCUGCGGACCGGGCGGGGCGUAAGACGGUCACCUUCGUCGGCACCACGGGACUCCUGCUGACGCUCGGGGUCAGCAGCAUGGCGAGCGACUUUAAGACGUUCGUCGUGACGCAGGCUGCGGUCUCGGUGUUGUCAAAGUGCAUGGUCGUGCAGUACGUUCUCCUGUACGAAGUGACGACGGCGUCCCGCCGGCUGCUCUACUGCUUCCUCGCACCGGCGCUCUCGAGCGUCUUCGUGCCGGUACUGCUGUACUUCGUGCGCUCGUACCAGCUCGACUGGGCCUUGUCGCAGGUUGUUGUCGCCACGCUCGCCUUGGUGCUCCUUGCCAGCUUCUACGUGGUUGAGGAGUCGCCCACCUGGCUCCUGGCCACGCACAAUAUCGAAGAAGCCGAGAGAGUAGUCCGCAGGGCAUGCAGUGUCAACAAGGUGUCGCAGAGUGACGCUCGCAGACAGUUACACUGUGAGAUGGAGAGCUACAGGCGCGAGCAGGACGACCUGCUAUCCGAGGAGAAAGUUGGUCUCUUCCGUUCGGUGUGGCUCAGAGAACGAACACUUAUACUCGUCUUCCUCUGGCUUGUCAUGAGCUGGGCCUACAGCCACCACGUGGAAGAACGGGGCUUGACCAGCGACAUCUACGUGCGUAGCGCCACGUUCAUCGGCUUGGGUCCCAUGUUCGUCUUCGUCUGGCCGGUCCUGGACUACUAUGGGGGAGUCAGUGAUGGCCAGCGCAAGGUGCCCAGAGGUGCCUCGAUAGUAUACACCGCCUCUGACGAUGACGCUGCUGCCGAGGAACACUAG